AUGUGCGAAAGAUCAAAAAUCAAUCGAUUUUUUUUUCAGCAACAGGUCGUGAUUACGUCAGAAACGUAUCGUAGAGUAUAGUUGGGGCUGAGUCCGUUACGGUUCAUUACGGCUCGUUUGACCGUAACGAACGAAUUUUCGUUCGUUCGUUACGGUUCGUUACGGUUCGUUUCACCGUAACGAACGAAUUCCCGUUCGUUCGUUACGGUUCGUAUAUGGUUCGUUUCACCGUAACGAACGAGCUCGUCACGAGCCGUAACGCCGUAACGAACGAAUCCGAUUUUCGGAAAAAGACGUCCGUGCGUGAACACUGCAAAAGGUGAGAGCUCCCUCGUCGUCUUUCCGCGAGUUGGCGAAGAACGUCCGGCGCUGGCUUUGUGCUUUUCUCUUUAGCGAACAAGUCCGGCGAGAUCUUCUGGUAGGCGGUUGCCCGUCAAAGAGAAAUGCGGCGGAAUGCUCGUCUCGGCGGUCCAAGCGGAGCGUCCGAGCGGAGCCCUGGACGUCCGUCCGAUUACGGCAAGGUCGCGCGCUUGCUCGUGUUCUUCUAGGCGAAGCCCGAGGCAUCCGAGCGAGCCGGCCCGGCUUGGUAGUGCGGGGGCCAAAAAUCGUGCAUGCGUGUCCUUCACGCGGGCGGCCCCUGGGUGCGUCACGUUCGCUGCCUUUUUUUGGCGCACGUUGCGCAGCUGACGGUCAUGGUUAGUGGAUGUCGAGCCUCUGGGGUGGCGACACAUAAAUACAGAAUACCGCCCUGCGGAGUAUUCCCCGCGAUGGUAUCCUUCAUUUAUGUAUAAGCUUUACUUUAACGGGAGCCGCCACGAGCCGGAACGGGGGGGCGACCGAAAACCCGCGGUCCGGCUCGGUAGUGUGGGGGCCAAAAAUCCUGCAUGCGUGUCCUCCACGCGGGCGGCCCCUGGGUGCGUCGCGGUCGCUGCCUUUUCUUGGCGCACGUUGCGCAGCUGGCGGUCAUUGUUAGUGGAUGAAUGUCGAGCCGCUGGGGUGGCGACACAUAAAUACAGAAUACCGUCCUGCGGAAUAUUCCCCGCGAUGGUAUACUUCAUUUAUAAACUUUAUUUUAACGGGAGCCGCCACGAGCCGGAACGGGCGACCGAAAGCCCGCGCGUUCGUUCGUUUGGUCGUUAACGGACCCCGCGAAGCACUUCGUUCGUUCGUUCGUUACGGGGAAACGAACCAUAACGAACGAACGAAUGAACGCAAAUCCCUUCGUUCGUUCGUUCGUUCGUUUGUUCGUUUGGCUGCCAGAACCGGGCUCGUUCGUUCGUUCGUUACGGGGAAACGAACCAUAACGAGCUCACGAAAUUGCGUACGUUCGUUCGUUUGGUCGUUAGCGAACCUGCGAAGCCACUUCGUUCGUUCGUUCGUUACGGUGAAACGAACGAACGAACGAACGAACACACAUUCGUUCGUUCGUUCGUUCGUUCGUUUGGAUGGCAAAGCCAGUGCGUUCGUUCGUUCGUUCGUUUGUUCGUUCUGAUGCCACAAACGAACUCGUUCGUUCGUUCGUUACGGUGAAACGAGCCGUAACGAACCGUAACGGACUCAGCCCCAACUAUAUUGUAUCGCAUCUUGCAGUUUUUGUAGCUGUCACGCACAGUUGUACUUUGAGACUAAAUUAUUUGUACUAGCAUGCGAAAACACGGAAAUAGUAUUAUCGAUUAGUCUUGAAGAUGCCCGCAGUAUGGCUUUCAUCGUAUUGUAG